GGGCCUAUUCCUCAUCCUCACUCCCUGCUUAUUUUGUCUCACCCAAGCACAGAAUCUCCUUUAUGUCCUUUUCCUUCCCAUUAAACAAGCAUUCAAAGAUCCAUCUAAUCAAUAUCUGCAUACCUUGCCAUUGAGCAAAGCUAUUCCGGAAUUCUAAGCGAUGGGUAUUACUCAUGGCCCCUGCCCUCACCUCCGAACCCCAACCCAUGCUCUCAUCUUCUUUCUCUACCGCGGCGGCGAGUGACGGCAUUGGGAGAGGCGAGGUUGAAGAAAAGAGGAAAAGUCUGCGGGAUUGCGGUCGGAGGAAAGCAGAAUGAUGGGCUCUGGGGUGAAUCUUACCACAACGGUGAUAGGGUUAGGGAUGACCGCUACCUUCAUCGUUUUCAUCUGCGCACGCCUUUCCGAUUCACGGUCUGCCAUUUCUGAGAUCCAGCUCCGCUCUGAUCAGGGCCCGCCAGAGCAUGUGAUUCGUGGCCUUGAGCCAGUUGUCGUCGCUGCAAUUCCGGCGAUGAAAUAUUGUCACGAGGCGUCUUGCUCUAAGGAAGAUGCUCAAUGUUCCAUAUGCUUAGGAGAAUACCAAGACAAAGAGAUGCUUCGAGUAAUGCCGAUUUGUCAUCAUAACUUCCAUCUGAUUUGCAUAGAUGUGUGGCUGCAGAUGCAAUCGACUUGUCCUAUUUGUCGUUUGCCUUUAAACACAUUUGAAGAAAAACUCGAAUCUCCCUUCUCAAGUUCGCUUCAAGUUCAGUCAGCGGAGUUUACUGAUGAUAGAACUUGGCUUCUUCCUUUCCAUCAACAUUCACGGAGUGGUAGCAAUAUCCAAGCAAUUCAUGAAACUAUUCCUGCAGUAUUUGGAGAUCCUAAUAUUAGAACAUGAGAGUGGUAUAUGUUGAGGCUCAGUAAGUUCCUUCUUAUUAUAGAGAGGUAAAAGGAUUUCAUAUCUGCAAUUUGAGAAUUUGCAGGAAAGUUGAACAGUACUGCUAGGCAAAGUGAGCUGCUCUAAAGAUUGGUUUUCAGGUCAGGUAAUUAAUGUUGCAUUGUCCAUAGGCUUCUAAAGAGAUGAUAAACUUCCUCAAAACAGAACUUUUGGUUGAACAUCUUUUGUUUUUUAAAUGGAUUGUUUUUGGAAG